AUGGAGACAUGGGAAGUCCUAGCAUCGAUAAAAGAAGCAACGAAGGGCCUUGACCUAAGCUUAGGUUCUCCACUCAUUAUUAGAUCCGAAGAUUUGCCAGUUUACGUUCUUCAAUUACUGCAACAAAAGGAUAGGCGCCACAUGAAGCAUAUAUGUGCAAACUCUAAGAAGGAACAUUUUUUGUUAGAGGAGUAUGGGCCAGGGUUUUGGGUAAAAUGGCCGUAUACUUAUUUCAAUGAAUAUAGCCUGCCAAAGAAAAGUACGGAAAUUAUAUCAUCACUGAAAAGAGAGAGAGGCAAACGUGAAACAUUAAAGACAUGGGACCAAAUGAAGUUUAAAGAGCUGCUUCAUUUAUGGUCGGAAGAACCUAAGGUCUCACAUAAAGUCGAAAAGGACACAUGCUUCAAACUGGAUAUGAAGCCUCCAGACAUGAAAGGCCAAUCAAAGGUCAAUGUCGAUCACUCCGAUCCUAAAGAGUACAUAGAAAAUAAGUACUAUGAAGCUCUUUUUUCCAUACAUGUACCCUUAGCAUAUUUCGUCAAGUCGAACUUAGUGAGAGUCAAAAAUACAUGUCGAACGAAAUAUGGAAGUGGUAGCUAUAAAAUAGCUUAUCAAGCCAUAUUGCAAAAAUUCCUUUUAUCGAUUGUUCAAUUCAAUGCUAGACACGACAAUAGACUUUUAUUAGAGCCUUUUGGCAGUCCUAUUGCAGAUGAAAAAAGGAACGGUUGUCUUACGAAAUUCGUCAUACAAAGUGGAAACAACAAUAGUUCAACCGUCGCUGACUUAUGUGUUAUAUUUAAAUCUCGAGAGAUAAAACUACAAAUACUAUUGUUAUUGGAGAUUAUAGGGCUAAACAAUUUAGAUUGUAAUUUCAAAGACUUUGAAAAAAGGUAUAAGUCGAAAUUGAAAAAGAGAUCACUCAAUUUAACCAAACAAAGAUUGAUUCGUCGAAGACCAAAGAAGGCUAUUAACCAACAAAAUAAGGACAUUGAAAAAAUAGCAACUCCUUUGGACUAUUGUGAACAAUUGGAUUUGUAUUUAGAUAGGGCAUGUAUUCUGGAUAUUUUGCUGUCAAGUGAAACACCUAAUCCGGAUGCCAUAGAAAUAACCAAUGGUACAAUACAAGAGCAUAAAAAUAAUAUUUUGAAUAAAAAUAAAGAAGCUUCACUGGUCGGAUUUAUAAAUUAUGUCCUUAUUCCAUAUUUCACUAAAAAGGUGCCGCAUGCCGUUGACUUUAUAAUCCAAAAGCUUAAGGGACCAAGCAUGAGGCCAAAAAGAGCUCCUAAAAAAAUCACCGAUACUACAGGUGGGUCGUCACCUAGUACAGCAGAAUUGUAUAAUAAGUUAUCGACAAGCCAGCGUACAUCUCGCUCUUCACUCGUCAACUCUGUGCCAUCGUCACCUGCAUUAAACGGAACAGAGCCUAAUAUAUUUAGCAGGAAAUCAAUAACGACUCCAAUUCCAGAACUUUUGGAUUUUAGAACGAACUCUAACUUGAACGAAUUCCUCGAAAGCGAAACUAGGAGCUUGAGGCGUCCUUCCCAAUUAGGAAGAACAAAGUCAGAUUUAACCAUGAAUCAUUUACAGAAAAGACAAUUUUCAGUUUCUGAUUUAAGUACGUCAAGAAUUCCUAGCCCGUCAACUAUCCCACUCAAGACAACCUUUCCACGCACAGUUAAUGGUGUACAUACCUCUACAAAUAAUUCCUUUCGUAGAGUUGGAAAACGUAAAGAUAUCAAUGAAACAGUGCCUUCUAAUGAGAGUAUAGAUCCCGAGGAGAACGUACAAGUUCAAGCCACCCCUGCCGCGAAAAAUAGGACGACAACCCCCAAUAAAAGAGCACAGCUGCAAAGCAUCGUUGAAUCACCACUAAAUCCCAAACCUGAUACACUCCACGAAGGUGUGGAGAACCCUCAGAGGAAAAUCUCGCCCUUGGCCGCUACUCUCACUAAAACUUCGUCGGAAAAUAACUCAAAAAGAAGAGUUAGAAGACGUUUAUUUGCCCCUUAA